AUUGAACGGGAGCGUGCUGCAAAUGAGGCUUUCAAACAAGAAGUGAAUGCUCGAAAAGUUGUUGAGAAAAUUACCAAACUUUUUGAUGAGUCACGAGCCGAUAUUGAAAGGAUUCAAGUUGAAGCAUUUCAGUUAUCAGAGCUUUUACUUCCAAAUUUCUGUUCUCUUAAUAACAAAGAAGGCAUUGAUGGUUCUUUGGAAGGAAACGAAAGAUCAAUGAAGCCCGAUUCCGCCGAAUCUCAUGAAGUGUUCUUGCCCAGCACUGAUGUUACAAUAUACCUUAAACCACAAGUUGAAGUUGAAAAAAGCGCAGACAAUGUUGAUUUAAUCCAUCAAUUGUAUGAAACCACUAAGCAGCUUGAAAAAUGGACUAACAAUGCUUAAAAAACUGUCGCAAAUCGGAAGUAAUACUCAAACUUCGACAACCGCCAUUACAAAACGAUUAAUUGAUACAAAAAGGGGAUUAAUGGAAGAACUGGAAAAAUGCAAAGAAUUUAAGAUUAAAGCAAAAACUAAUGGAGAUACUGAUGGAUCAAGUUCCAUUGAUUCUGAAGAUGAUGAAUUUUUGGAUGUUGAAGAAAAAGAAGGCUAUGAAGCAGAACUAAUAUAUACAACGGAAAAUUCAAACAAAAGUGAGGAUUCUUUCAUCUGUUCUACAAUUCCAGGUCCAAGUAAUCAAAAUGUACAACACAAAUCUUCUCAACAAUUUGACCAAGCAUCGUUAAUUAGAAAAGAUCAGAAAAAUGAAAAGAACAAUUUAAAUCAGCCAAAACGUUUGGCAAUGGGUUUGGAUUUAUGCUAUUGGGGGGAAGAACGUAUAAAUCCUGAAACACAGAGGAUAAAUAAUCAAGUAGCUGAUGAUUGUUGGUGGAGAAAACAUUCUGAAGAUGAUAAUUGCAAUAAUGAAGCGCGUGACAAUUGUGAUGAAAAAUCCUACGUUUCUAGACAGAUAACAUUUGUUGGUGAACUGCCAAUUUUACAGAAAAUGUGCCGUGCGCCGUUGCCCAGUGGUAAACUCUGCCCACGAAUGGAAUACGAUCGUUGUGCGUUACACGGGCCGAUCAUUGAUCGAGAUGAACAAGGAUUCCCAAUGGAAGAGCAAAUUCAGGCUGAAAAUGCUGACAACAAGAAAGCUGAUAAGAAAAAAGCUGAAGACGAGGAGGCCUAUAUUCGAGACAUUGAAGAUGCCACCGGUAUGAAAUUAGCAGGAACAUCUUCGAACUCGCUCAAUACCAAAAAGUGCAAUAAAACUGCAAGACAACGACCAAAGCCAGAAGGUUUAUUGGGACGAGAACGCUUAAAGACAAAAUUGUUCGACAAGCGAGCACUCAAAAGGGUUUCCGAGACAUUAGAGCAAAUACAAAAGGCUAAAGCUGAAAGAAAUUUUUUACAUCAAUUUAAUUAUGCUAUGACUAGACGAUAA